UUUGAAUUCCUUGUAUUGGAAUUUAAAAAUGCGGUCGCAAUAAUGUCGAGUCGAUAUUGUUACCACGACAACAGGACAAUACAAAGUAGUAACAGACACUCAAUCAUUCAUUUUCACUUUUAAACUUGUGAAGUAUUCUUUAAAAAAAAGAAAACGAAAAUAUUAAUUUAUAAUCACUAAUUUUGAAUAAUUAUUGUGUGUAUCUUUAAAAAAAAAUAAUAAUAAUGCCUUUAGUUGAACAAUCAAGUUACGGUAGUCAACAAAUUAAUGUGCCACCAAGUUUACCGAUGAUUUUAAAACAAUUUUGCAAAGCUGCAAUAAGAACACAACCAUACGAUCUUCUUAAAUGGUCCAGUGCUUAUUUUCGCGCUUUAGCAGAAGGUGAAGAACCUCCGUCAAAAAUUAGAUUGGAAUAUCCUCCACCCACAACUGCUUCAGGAUUAACUUUAGGAUUUUUAAAAGUUCUUUUACGACAAUUAGGAGAUUACAAUAAAGUGGUGCCUGUGGAAACACUUUUACGUAGAUGGGAUUGUUUAUGUCUCGAUCGUAAGGAUUUAAAUUUAAUAAUGUUAAUUGGCAAAUUUCGUCGCAAAUGUCAAGUGAAAAAAUUCCUCGCAAUUGCUGUAGGUCUAUUAACAUCAAGUUUAUUUGAAACGAUGAUUAUGAUUUGUGAAUUAUUUACACAUGAACCUGACGGUGGAUCGGCAAUGAUUCCUGUCUCAUUAUUCAUGGAAUUAUAUGGAUUUUUGGCUGGACUUCGAUGCGAUGGAACCGCAAGAGAUCCUGGCGAUGAUCCUCAUUGUACAUUCUUUGACGAAUCAGAUCAAGGAGAUAAUUCCGAAAAUCAUGAUUGUUUGGAGAAAAGUAAAAUGAAAAAUUUUUCAUCUCCAACAAGUCAGGAUACGGAAACUGAUGUUAAUCUAGAUUUGGAAUCAUGUAAAGAUGAUGACGAGUCAUUAAUUAAAAAUGAAAAGAACAAGACUUCAGAAAAUCGUGAAGAAAAAUUGACAUCAGAAGAAAGUGAUGAACAAUUAUUGUCAAAUGGCAAAUCUCCAAAUAAUGAAACAUCGGAUAAUAGUUCAAAAUUGGCGGAUAAUAAUAAUUUUAUACAAUCUGAUAAUGAGGAUUCGGUGGAAGUGAAAAAAAUUUUGGAUAAAAAUUCCGAACAAAGUAGCGUUGAAUUAAAAAUUAAAAACAAUCGUCGAAUUUCCAUUUCAGAUGGAGAACGAGUAAAAAUGAAAAUUUCUGAUUCUUCAUUGUACAAAUUUUAUCCAAAUAUACCAGGAAUUGGACCUCGUUUAUCAGCCGAGGAAGUUGCUUGUAUUGCAAUAUGGAUGAGUGAAUGCGCAAGAAGACAAGAAGGAAUGGUUGGUCCUCGAAAUCUUCGUCAUUCUCAAUGUCCACCUUUGGACAAACAACGAAUUCAUCGCUAAUAGAAAUAUCAAAAAAUAAUUUAAUAUAAAAAUUAAUAACGAGGCAUUGAAACAGUUCCUCAAGACUGAUUGUUAUAAAAAAAUUCAUUUUUUUGUAUCGUUGACGAUACAAAUUUAAAAAAAAGAAAAAAUAAUUAAUCACUUUCUCAAUCGUUAGUUUCUUUAGAGAUUUAAAAUAGAAUUGUUAUGUUAACAUUGACUUAUUGAUUUAUAGACUGUAAUUCUAUAUUUGAAAACUGUAGUAAAAUUUAUUCAG